AUGGAUGAACGCAUUCAUGCUGCAGUGCGAUGGGUUGAGGCGUCAGUCAAAGCCUCACCCUACAUCUGGAGUGCCGCCGGUCUGAGCUUUCUUCUUGGCGUGCAAGUACUUUUGGCAGUGGCCAUUCUUCACGGUGAUGAGGCCACUGUGAGAAGACAGCUAAUCUCCCUGCAACGGAUCGAUAGCGACAACGACACGGCGUCGGAUGAGAAUAUCGAGCCAAAUGAUACCGAAAAGAAGAACACCAAGAGCCAAUCACUUUCCCCCAUCGCUUCAUGCUCUUCUAUCAAAGUCAAAUUUGAUCAUCAUCCUGAUGCGAAACGCAAAUACAACAACUGUUACAUGUUUGCCGUCGACUCUCACCAAACAGACGACCAGGGUUUCGCAACCUGGAAUUCUCUGGGUCAGCCAACCAAUCCUGCAUUAUCCCAAAUCAAGACGGAAUUAUGGCUCCCAAAGCCCAAUGCCGAUAAGAACGAUACUUUGGUCCAGGCUGGUGGCUGCAUCGUCAUGUCAUUUGCUGAUCCCGCAGUACCAAGUUGGCUGGAUCAGAUCGCUGGAACGAUUGGCAAGAAUUUGCGGACGCCUCAAGUUGCUUGCAUUUUGCCACUGGAAUUUUCGCUGGAGGAUAUUGAACAGAAUAAACUCAUUAUGAGGCCGUUCAAAAUUGAUGGGGAGGAUGGGAAGGGGCUGGAUUUGGAAAAGUUCCCUGCGUUUUCGGAUAUUCUGCCAAAGCUGAGGCUUUUCCUGGGGUAUCCUGAGCAGCAAGGCAUCACACUCUUCAAGCAAGCAUAA